UCUUUCUUCAUCUGAGAUUGCAGACUCAAGGCACAAGUUAUCCUCAACAAGAUGCCCAUGGAACGGCCCUCUAAGCACUUCGUAGUGCUCCCAUGUGGUAAUGUUGCCACGAAUACUCGCCGGGCACUUGCUAACCAUAAACACAUCUAUCGAAGAACUCACCAUGAAACGCAGCCCCACACCCCUAACUUCCACAGACGGCAUCUACACCAUCCCCUGUGGAUUCUGUCCCAAGAAAUAUGUAGGCGAAACAGGCAGAGAUCUUGCGGUUUGCCAGACUUUAUAUGCCAAGAGUUCUAAUGAUUGUGCAAGAUGGUGGUGGAAAUGGAGAGACAGAGAGAGAUGGCAGUGUCCAACAGAAAAGCUACACUGGUCUGCCUGUCUGCUGGAGCCUCACAUGACACACUGUCUUACCCAUGCUACAUAUCUACCUACACCUUUGCUUUUAUUUAGUUCAGAAAUGAUUGUUAAGGACCAUGUCGAAGAGUAUGCUCAUCUCAUCACUGGUGAUUUCUCAGGCAAACAGAGUUCUGGCGGUAUUGAGGCUGAUAACACAAGCUACAAUGGUCAACUUUCUUCAGCACCUUCACUGGUAAAGAAAAUCCAUCUAACCAGCAUUAACAAAUUGCCACAAAUUCUGUUCGACUACAUUACUCCACAACUGUUUUUACCUUCUACAUCAGUUCAUGUUGCAAGUCUGUCUAAUAAAAAUUUAGAACUAGUUGGUCCUGGCAAGUUUCACCACUACCAAAGCAAUUCACCUGCUGCCAAGAGGCAAGAAGGAAUACAGACCACCUGUUUGUAUAGUUGCCACUGCACUAAAUCUUAUUUCCCAAAGACAUUAGAAACUGAUCGUUUACAUAUUUCCAACUACAGCUCAACAAACUAUUUUUCAAAGAAAAGAACACAAUUCCUGAAAAAAUCUAGCAGUCCAUUGCUCGAGAUCAAAAUGGAAACGAGUAUUUUAUUUACCUUGUCUCAAAGCAAAAAAAUGAAACUGUUAAUGUCAUCUUUUGCAGAUUUUCCAUGUAAAGUGAUUAGUAAAACACACACAAGUAAUAAGGAAUCCAUCUUGGGAAGACAAUCUAAUGAAAUAUUUUGUACUGACACACUUCAUCAAAUUACUGAAGUAGAAUCAAAAACCAAGGAAAACAAUAUGGAGAAAAAUAUAUUAUCUUACAUAAAAGGAAAACAGAAAGCUCUAAAUAUAAAGUUAAUAAAUAUCUUUAGGAAUAAAACAAACUUAGACCAAAAGAUAAAGCCCUUUCCUAAAAAUUUUCACUUUAACAACAUUGUAUAUGCUACUCCCCCCAUAAAUAUGGAAGUUUUAGAAUUCAAAACUGUAAACCUAAAAGUCAGUAUAGACUCAGUUUUGAAUACAAAGCAUAAUCGAGAUGAGCACUGUAGUACAUGUGGGACUGCAGGUAACUUGAUUAGCUCCGGUGAACAACUUGAGAUUUUCACCACUUAUACAAGUCUUGAUUUCCCAGAACCCUUCACCAGAAGUAUAUCAUUACAUUGCUUACUUGGUGAGAAGUGCAUUAAGAAAUUAACUGAUUAUUUCCUGAGUACUAAUGAAGCAAAAGUGUCUGUUGCUUCAACUAAUCCACCAGAUGUAAUUCCUGAACCUAGAACAAAGUUCUCGGGUGCAAAUAGAUUCAAAUAUAAUACCUUGGAGAAUGAGCUGUUUAUAUCUCUGUAUAUAGACCACAAUAGUGUGUGGGCCACACAUCAAAUAUUAAGCAGUGCUUCUCCAUCACAUUUCCCCGAACCAAAAACAUAUUUCCCCAAGGUGGAUGCACAGUUAUAUGAUACUAAAGCUCCAGAAUCAGUGACACUUGAAAGUAGCUUAAGGAGCUUCCCAGAUGCCACACUUAGUAAUACUGAAAUACAUGCCCCAAUGACUACCAGCUGGCAACACUUGACAUGUAUAUAAAGUGACAGGUAUGAUAUUCUAGUCAGAAUUAUUUCUAGUCUUAAAAUAUUGAAUAUGUACAAUUUAUGGUGAUAAAAAAAUACUUUCAGCCAAGAAACUUUUUAUUAACAUGAUGUUUCACCCACUGGGAGCUUUAUCACAUGCUGUAUGUGGAAUAUAUAAAAACAAUGGUAUAUAAAGCAUAUGGCGGUGGUGAGGGACUGCCAGGCCAACAAAGUAAGUGCAAUAUACCACAAUUUGGCCCAUCCACUUCACCUUACCACCUGGCAUCACGGCUUUGCCUGACCUGUUCUGGCAGCACAGGACCUGACCCAGCAUCUGAACUCCCCCUUCCCAUAGGCUUAUAUACCACAUUUUAUGUGGGUGAAACACUGCAUCGAUAAGAGUGAAAGUGAUUUUUACCACCAUUAUGUCGCUCAUAGACAUUUGUUUAUGUGUAAAUUUUAUAAUGUUGAAUAUGAAGUUUGUCAAUUUUCAAAGUUUAAUUUCAUCUUUUGGAGUACUAAUUAAUCUUAUCCUAAAUAUAUUCUAAACAAAUUACUAGAGUAAACAACAUGGUAGCUUAAUAUUAAUUAUCUGAAACAACCUAUUAUCAGGAUUUGGUUGCAAAUGUAUCAUGUGAAACACUCUUAAUGUUGAACAAGAAAGUUACAUCCAGCCACCAAAUGGUAUCCUGCUUUACAGUGGAACCUCGGUACACGACCAGCUCCCUGCUCGAACAAAGCUCAGCACUCGACCAAACAAAUACGACCUGCCAGAGCUUUGUUGAUAACUAUUUCGUGUUUCUUCGCACUUUUUGGUGUUUUUUGUAUUGUAUUUGUAUAAAUAAGUCACCAUGGGGCCUAUGACAAUUAGUGAUAACAGCCAACCAAAUAGAAAAUUGGUUGGGAAGAACUUGUUCAAUACUCAAAUGGAGCGACACUCAAACAGCUUUCUGGAAUGAAUUAAGGUUGCAUACCGAGGUUCCAUUGUAUUUUGGUGUGCCUUCAAUAUUUAAGAGUUUAAGCUAGGAUUUUUUUGGAGUAUAGUAUAUCAAUGAAAAUUUAAUAAAUUUUAAAAUGAAGGACAAACACUUUCACAAC